UGCCGAAAAAUCUAAAGCCUGCUCUCCUUUUUCUUUUGUAAAUUUAUUUCCUUUUGGCCCCUAUUCUCUUCUUUUUUGACGAAUAUUCUUUCACUCUGUCACUCAACCCCUCCCUGCCUCCUCUUCUUCUUGUAAACUCCGAACAAAGUCCAAAUCUUGACGGAGGUUUCGAUCCAAGAAGCCUCAGAAUUCAUCGAAGAAAUCGGUUUGUUUGUAACCCUGUAUUCUAUUAGUGAGAAAGAUUAGCCUUUUUUUUUUUUUUUUCAUCUUGGUCUUUCUGAUAUUGAUUAAAAAGUUCAAGUUCAAUAUUUUUAUGGAAUCCAUGGCGGUGAUUGGCCAUUCGAUUCAUACAUGUUUUCAUAUCAAAGCUAAGAACCCAAGAGUUAAUUUAGAAAAAAAAGUUUUUGGGGUACCAGUUUUGCAUCAUGGGGUGUCUUGUAUUGGAAAGAAACUCAAGGGUAAGGUUGGGGCUGGAGUGCAGGCAGUGCAAGUGGGUUUGGAGGAAUCAGAGAGAGUGAGAAAUCUGAAAAGUUUGGAGAGGACUUUGGAGCUCGAUGCGGUGUCAGAGAGGGAGUUGAGGGAGAAGGGGUUUUUGGGGUUGAGGAAGACCAAGCUUGUGUGCACAAUUGGGCCAGCUUGUUCUUCUUUGGAGGAUUUGGAGGAACUGAUUUUGGGAGGGAUGAAUGUGGCUAGGCUCAAUAUGUGCCAUAACACCCGGGAGUGGCACCGCGAUGUGAUUAGGAAGAUCAAGAAGUUGAAUGAGGAAAAGGGGUUUUCUGUCUCGGUCAUGAUUGAUACUGAAGGCAGUCAGAUUCAUGUUGUUGAUCAUGGAGCUCCAUCUUCUCUUAAAGUUCAGGAGGAUUCAAUCUGGCUAUUCACCACAGAAAAAUUUGAUGGUUAUGUUCCAUUCACAGUUCAAGCCAACUAUGAAAGUUUUUCUGAAGGUAUCAAAGUGGGUGAUGAACUUGUUAUUGAUGGUGGAAUGGCACUAUUUGAAGUCAUUGAAAAAUUAGGAAGUGACCUGCGUUGUAAGUGCACAGACCCCGGUUUAUUCCUGCCUCGAGCAAAAUUCAGCUUUUGGAGAGAUGGGAAGCUUGUGGAGAGGAACUAUGAGCUCCCUACUCUGUCAACCAAGGAUUGGUCUGACAUUGAAUUUGGAAUUUCUGAAGGCAUCGAUUUUAUUGCCAUGUCCUUCGUAAAUGAUGCUGAAUCUGUCAGGCAUUUGAAGAAUUACCUCUCUACCAAAUCAGCCACAUCCAUAAGAGUUUUGGCUAAGAUUGAGAGCUUGGAAUCCCUUCAGAAGUUGGAAGAAAUCAUAGAGGCUUCUGAUGGAAUCAUGGUUGCUCGGGUUGACCUUGGAGUUGAAAUCCCACUUGAACAGAUUCCAACAGUCCAAGAAGAAAUCACCAAAGUUUGCAGGCAGCUAAACAAGCCAGUUAUUGUAGCUUCUCAAUUUCUUGAGUCAAUGAUUGAGUAUCCAACUCCAACACGUGCUGAGGUGGCAGAUAUUUCUGAAGCUGUUCGACAGUAUGCAGACGCCUUGAUGUUGGCUGGGGAAUCAGCAAUUGGAUUAUUUGGACAAAAGGCUCUUUCUGUUCUUCAAAUGACCAGCAGUAGAAUGGAAACAUGGAGUCGUGAGGAAAACCGACAAGGGUCUCUCCUUCCACGUCAACUAGGAGUCUCAUUGCCUGAUCGCAUUGCUGAGCAGAUAUGCAAUUCUGCUGUUGAACUGGCUAACAACCUUGCUGUGGAUGCAAUCUUUGUGUACACCAAGCAUGGACACAUGGCAUCGCUCUUGUCACGCAACAGACCAAAUCCUCCCAUAUUCGCUUUCACAAAUGAUGAAAGCACCCGUAUGGCUCUGAAUUUGCAGUGGGGAGUUAUUCCACUUCUUGUUGAUCUAUCAGAUGAUAUGGAGUCUAACAUCUCAAGCACCAUCCAUCUCAUAAAAUCAAAGGGGUUGGUGAAAGAAGGAGAUUCAGUCUUGGUAGUCUCAGAUGUCACUACUUCUCGUGCUACUCCAAUGGCGUUCCAAUCAAUCCAGCUUAAGACCAUUGCUUAGGAGGAAGUGUUUUUUUGUUCAAGACACUCUCCAGUUCUUGACUGCCACAUCUCUCACCGUGCUGUUAAGUGUGGUGAGGUCUUUACAAAGGUUAUUGAUAGGCUGUCUGUGUCUGGUAAGAAGCUUGAGGAGGAGCCUAAGCCCUUGAAGAAUGA